CCGAGAUUUAGAAGCAAAAUGGCCGACAGUUCAAGAAUCAUUGGAAAGAUCAGCGUCGUAGGAACACUUUACAGGAAUUCAGAGGCUAGUUUGUAGGUCUAAGCGAUAUAAAAGUCAGUAAUACAAGGGAGAGAUUGAACCUCGGGUAUUCGAACCUUGACGGCAUUAAAGACAAAGCACGAUAGCGGAUUCUUCUAAGCUUUCGUUGUUGUUCGAGUUGACAGCUGAUUUCGUUUCAAAAUGUCGGUGAACUACGCUGCCGGUCUGUCUGAUUAUCCACAUAAAGGGAAGUGCGGAUUACCUGAGGUAAGAAUCGUUUAACAAUGAUGUUUAAUAACAAUGAUUUUGUUUAAUUGAAUGUGCUUUGUCUGACGAAAUAUCAGAUAUACACUCACGAGUAUAGGACUAGGUAAGCUGCAGUCGGUAAUUUCUACGUUAAACACUCAAGAUUAGAAAUACAAAAGUCUUCCUUUUCAAAAUUUGGAGCCACACUGUAGAAUGCAAAACCAACACAUUAUAAACAGCUUAAAUACGGCAAUUUCAAAAAAUGAUUGCAUGAGACUCUAAAGCAGAUCCUAAAGGACCAAGACGAAUUUCUUGGACCGCUCAACAUUCUACAACAACUGACUUUCUCUUAGUGUUAAUCAUUUUGCUUGUAAAGCUAGCAUGCAUACAUAUACUUAAUUUUUAUCCUUUUUCAUGUAAUUGAUUGUGCUCUAUUGUCUUACCUAAUUAAUCUUCCCUUGUCUUAUGACACUUUUUUUUUCUUAACAUUUUAUUUUACGAAUCUACCGAAUUUUUUUUUUUUCACAACCCGCCUCAAAUAGCCUUUGCCACAUGCGAGUUGUGUUUUCAUUAGUUUUGUAAGGGACUGAUCGUUUAUUAUGUCCCAUGGGCGGAGUGGAGGGGUUGGAGGGGGGGGUACAAUUUUCUAAGAGGCUUGAUUUUGGGGGGUCAAUUUUGAAAAUGCACAAAAUGUGAGGGGAAUUGAAAUGUUACCCAUAUAAAGCUUGGCCCAGUAACUUAUCAGCUAUUUCUACUACCAGGAAUUUAGCUUGCAUGUAUGCACAUACGCCUAUGCAUACAGCUGAAAUCUGGAAAAAUAUAUAAAUUUUGUUUAAUUUCCUGAGAGCAUUUUUAUCAUUAAAUCAGGAUGAAUAUUUCACUUUGUAAUGGUGUUUUUGUGUUAGGAUUUCCUUUAUCCUUUUACUGAUUACAUUGUAAGUAGAGUGAAGUGGAUCCAAGUGUGAAGCCACAGACCUUGGUGGAGACUUUUGACCAAGCCAACGACAAUUCUAUCCCAGAGUAUAAUGUAGCUCACAUAACUUUGUUGACUUAUCCUUGUUAACAUGCACAGCUGAGUGUAGCUUCAGUGGUAUGAAGAGACAAUCUGCAAACUCCUUUACGAAGGACCAUGACAGACGAGAGACUGAGCCCCCUUGCAAUUCUGCACAUACACAAGCUCAAGGAUGUAAUUGAUGUUGAUUGCAUUUUAUAAAAUAACUGAGAUAGUACGCGCGUUCUGAUUGGUUAAAAACCUAUGGUUUAUUGUGCCGGUAAACUCAUAAAAAACUUGAAGUUAUUUUAUAAAAGCAAUAGACCACACUUUCUAUGGGUUCACUGGCAUGAUAACACACUUAUGAUUCUAAGGCUAACUUCCAGUGAACAAACUACAAAAUUCCCUGCUCAUUCUGAACUUUUGAAACGACAACGAAAAACGUUUGAUCAUCGGCUAUAGGCAAAAAAAUAUCUCCACUGAUAAAAGCUAAACAAACAGCACAAAGUCUUGAAAUUCACUUCUGUGAGUUCCGCUGCAGAACAGUCGAAGUUUCUCAUCUGAAAAUGCCAUCGAAUGAAUUUAACAGUCUUUGAAAAACCUUCGAUAUUAAAAUCAUGACCUUUCCUUCAGUAUUAGAAACAUUUGGUUGCUACUGCAUGAAGUAAAAACUGAUGAAAAGUCAGGUUUCAUAUUACUCGUGACAUCGGUAUGCCAUUAACUUUUGCAAGUUUGUAGCGUUUGCUAUCUUGCUAUGACCAAGAACAGUACACUCAGAGGUUUCUUUUACCAUUUAUUCAGCGUUAUCUACGCCUCCCUACUUUUUGCCGUCUGUUUGUGGGAACUUUUGAAAGGCUCGCAAAAACAUUCCAGUCGUUGAAAAUUAUUCACAGGGGCUAUUCAAGAUCAUAUUUGAAUCUCUUUUUAAUUUACACCGUCACGUGAGAUGCAUGUAGAUACAAACCUUCACAAAUUUAAAAACAGUUGUGAUAGUUCAAAAGAUAGACUUGAUACCAAAAUGCUGAGUCAAUUUUCCAAACUUCAAGACAAAAUCCUUUUUGUCCUUUUUUAUCACCUAAAAACUUAAACUUAACUUCACUUAAAUUGUAGACACAAGUGUAGUUAGUGGGUGCAUUCGCUGUACGUGUGAAUGGUCAUUGUUAUGUUUCUCGAGAAAUAAAUCAUUUCUCGAUAUCCUUUCAAGUGGUGACUGUAAAAAAAUCUGGUUUCUCGAAACUCGAGACUUGGUUUUCCCGUUUCGAAACUCGAUUCGUUCGAGGCUCAAUUAUUGUUCCGGUUUUGUCUCUUAUCUAGCAAGAUCGAAGGGCCUCUGCUCGUAGGGUAUAAAUUGAUAAACAACAACUUCUUCAAGGAAAGAUCUUUCCAGCAAUACCUCUUUUUAGAUAUUCUGACCAAUCCUGUCAUAGUUACACUCACCAAAAAAGGUAUCAUUUUGGGGAAAAAUCCACUGCUAAUUUCGCUGUCUACAUACUACUCUUUAAAGAUUCAAUUUGCCCCUCUCCUAAGAAGUUAGCCAGCCACAAUUCCAUGCAAAAGAAGGAUGAUAAAGUGGGCAACAAAACUGCUAAUAAACAAGAAAGGCAAAGGGAAAAAAGAGAGCAAGAGAGAAAGAAUAGAUAAAUAGAUAAAUACAUUCGCAAAAAAAGGGUCCAAACUUUGGCUUUUGUGCAUGUGUGAAAAACAAAAAGGCUGAGUGGUUAAUUACAUCAGAUUAGUUGAAAAAUAUGCCUUUUUCUUGCAAAACUUGCUUUUAGCCUUUCUUAUGCUAAUUAGCAGAAAACUAGUCCAAAGAAGAGGAAUUUGUAAAAAAAUGCAGUUUUUUUGCUACUUGCCAGCCAUCAUUAAAGCGUUAAUAAAGUUGCUGAUCUUUUCUAAUAGGGCUCCUAGAAAUGCUGCUCAGGCUCCGGGCUCCCAAAAAAUUUUCUUAGGCAGCAGCCUUGGGUAAAGUUUUUAUACACCACACUUUUCUGAAAACCCAAACAACUCCCACCCCCGAUUGUAAUAAACAAUCAGUCCCCAACAAGGUUUUUGAAAUAUAAUAAAGUUGCUUUUUUUGCUUUUUAUUGUUUUUUCAAUCUGUAGGUUUUUGACUCUCCUGAGCAGCUGGAUGUAAAAAUGGCAGAUUUGAUACAGCUUUUUCGUGAAUCGAAAUACAUUGUGAUUCACACAGGUGCGGGUGUUAGCACUGCAGCUGGUAUUCCUGAUUUCAGGGGACCAAAAGGUGUUUGGACUUUGGAAGAAAAAGGAUUAGCUCCUCAGAUGGACACUACAUUUGAUGAGGCCAAGCCAUCCCUCACACACAUGGCUUUGCUCAAGCUUGUACAAGAAAAUUUUGUCAAGUAUAUUAUUAGUCAAAAUGUUGAUGGCUUGCAUUUGAAAUCAGGGCUUCAAAGGUAUUGCAAACAAUUAUUUUUUGACUAUAUUUUAUGUCAUAAAUUAUACCUUCCCCUCAAGGGUAAACUAUAGACCUCUUUAGAAUGUUUGUUUUGUUUUCCCAAAAGAGGUCCCAGGGGAACUUGACCCUUUGUCUUUUCAUAAAUUAUGCAUACAUAUGCACUUGAAUAAGACAACAUUUUUAAAAAAACAGUUCUCUAGAGUAUGUAUUGGGAAAACAAAACAUACAGAUGUCCUGUAAGAGGACUAUUGCUGAGGCAGUCAUGUAGAUGCCAAUAAUUAAUUUUAAGUUUGGAUUGUAUGGAGUGGGAAAUGGGCUUACCCUAAAGGGGUAUUGACAAGGCCCACAGGAAUGAACUGGAGGCCUUCCCUAUCCAGAGAAAUUUCCUAAAUUCUGUGUUGCAAAGAUAGUAGUGAGGUUAAUACGCGACAGGACAGCUGGAAGAAGAGGAUGGUAAAACACUUGUGUUUGACAAAUGUGGCAGGGCUAUUACACAGGGGUUUCAUUAAGGUUUUGAACAGUAGGGCAACUGGUUUUGACGCCGAGGCAAAGAAUUGGUUGGGGCAUGCUCCCCUGGAAAAUCUUGAAAUUCUAUAGUUGCAGAGAUGUAUUUUCCUACAUUCUGAAGCUGCAGACACUGUCUUUCAACUCCAAAAAAGAUAACCUUUCCAGACACUUUAAACAUGAUUUGACACCAAUAUCCACCACACAAACAGGGUCUUUUUUAAUAUUUCAUAAUCUUAUUGACAUAUUGUCACACCAAACAAGAACAAUUUUAAACUUAACUGUAACUACUUAAAAGGUUAAAUCACAAAGAAGUCUACUCACCUCUUGGGCUUUUCUUUGCUGGAGGCAAUUUGGGUGGAGACAAAAAAUACUCGGCAAUCAAACGCGUUCAUUUCUAGGCCACCAUGGCUCAGACAUGUACUUGUAACACUUAAACAUUUCAGAUGGUCUUUUAUGGAGCGCAGCUCUUUUUGCAAUGCGUUUUGCGGCAAUUCUUGAUUUUCAAUAACGGGGGGUUUUCAUACCGCUUGUGAUAAAGAGGAAAUUUGACGGUAAAUUAUGUUACUUUUAAGUUUAAGAAGGCUCAUCAACAUGUAGAAAAGGACACAAUUGUAACUUACAACUGUUUUUGAUCAUUUCUUGUAUUAAAAAAAAGUUCUUUGAGAUGUUAAGCAGCCAGGCAAAGUCAUGUUCACAGCUGGUCAAUUUGCCUGGUGCACGGCCCUUAAUCAUGCUCUCUUCAUCAUGACUGCAUGUUCUUUACAUUUUUCCUGGAAGGUCGAAGCUUUCUGAACUCCAUGGUAACAUGUUUGUGGAGAAGUGUGACAGAUGUGGAACAGAGUAUGUCAGACAACAUGCAAUGACAACUGUUGGACUGAAAAAAACGGGAGGAGUAUGUGAAAAGAAACGUGUUAGAGGACAUUGCCGGUAUGUCCUCUUUGCUUUGAUAAUAAGGGCGCAGACAAUACAUGUAGUUUACAAAAUAAAAAACAAUAAUAGGUACAAAACUGUAUUGCUAGCAUGUUGUUGUUUUCCUCAAUUUGUUUACCCUUUUUCCCCCUAAAGCGACUAAAGUCAAAAGUGAAGAAUCUUUCCAAAUUUAAUGUGGCAAAAUAAUUAUUUAGAAAAACAAAACCUUAAUUACCAUGUUUCAUUUGAAUGGUCACAUUAUAGGAUUUUGUCCACGGACAUAAAAGUCGUAACACAUUAAUAAUUUUUUUUUCAUAACUGGCUUUGGGAGUGAAAAUUGUUUACCAGCCCAGCACGAUGCUGUUUAUGUUUAUGGUGAUUGUUUGUGAUAUUCUAGUGGUAAACUGCAAGAUACCAUCCUAGACUGGGAAGAUUCUUUACCUUAUCAAGAUUUGGUCUUGGCAGAACACCACUCAAGGUAGGUCAGGAUGCACUAUCAUUAUCAUCAGGAUAAAGUUACAUGUAAGUUAGCAUCCUUUUGAGCAACAAAGUGGAUUCGUCUUGGAAUGAAAUAUGUGUCUUUCAAGUCUUCUCCAACAAGCUGGAACUGAGUGUGACUUUUCCUCUGUGAUCUCCAUGAAGAGCGAGACUGUGCAAUAUUAAGUCCUGCUUUAUUAAAAUUAAAGAGCACUGUUUCAUCCCACCUCACCCUCUCCUCUCCAACCCACCAAGACCUUUAGAAAGGACAAUUACAAAGAGUGGUGUCUGAAUCUGUGUAUGGUAUAGCAUUGUUGCUGUUUGCUAACUGUUUUUUCCAAAUCCUCCAUUCUAGGCAAGCUGACUUAGCAGUGUGCCUUGGAACUUCACUUCAAAUCCAGCCGAGUGGAAAUUUGCCAGUUCUCACUGUCAAAAAUGGUGGAAAACUAGUAAUUGUUAAUCUUCAGAAAACAAGACAGGUGAUUAGUGCUUAUUGGGUAUUAAUAUUUUAUUAGUCAUAUUUCCAAAGGAAAUCCCCAGACUUCUGGCUUGCACAGUUGUCCAGGGACCUCCCCAGUGUUCACUUUAUGGAGGUGUCCUUUAAAUACAGCUUUUUUUUACAGAAAAUAAAAAAGACAGGGACUUUUUGGCAAAGGUGUCCAAAAGUCCCAGUGCGCUAAUUGUGGUCCACCUAAUAUGGGUUUCACUGUCCACAGGACAUUGUUGACUGCAUACCAAUGAUUUCAAUAUCUUGCAGACUUUUUCCAUUCUGUAAAAGUUACAUGGAAUAUUUAAAUGUUAAAAUAAAUUGAACAGUUAAAAGAACACCUAUUUGUAAUAUUAUUUUUUGUAAAUACAUGUAAAUAAAUAAAAAGUUACAUGUCCUUGUAGGGAAUAAAAAUGAAAGCCAGGAGAGGUUCUUUCUCAGGGUUUGGUGUCAUUAUGGACAGGAAACUGUCCUCCCGCUAUGAUAAAGAAACUCCUGGUGAUAAUUUACAGUUGCAAAUUGGGUAACUAUCUGUUAUACUUUACAUUUACACUGUAACUCAGAUGGACUCAUAAGAUCUUUGUCCAGUAUUCCUGUAAAGUGGAACCUUGGGUGUACAAUUUUAAUGCUGUUUCUCAAGGUGUCUAAUAGGAGCAUUUGCUGACUAUACAACUGUCAACAGUACCUUCUCCAGAUCACUUUUGUCUUUAAUAUUGUAAACUAGCACUGCAAACUUUAAAUAUGUAACCAUUUUAUAGACUUCAUCUUACAGCUGUAUGUUUGAACUUCAGGAUAAGAAAGCCACCUUGAUUAUCAACCAUUAUGUAGACAAAGUUAUGAAAGCACUCAUGGAUGGCCUAGGAUUGUCCAUUCCUUCUUUUACUGGAAAACCAUGGUGGACUACUCCAUGCAAAGAUAUGAACAGUACAGAAACAAAAGACCAGGUGGAAGACAGGAAUAAUGACCAAGUUAAUUGUAAAGCACUGUGUGUGAAACGGUUUAAGCAAGAUCAUGAAGAAGACGAUGGCAAAUAACUAGAUGGUUAUUUCUUAAUAUUUUAUUUGUACAAAACUACAUAUUUAUGCAUUUUUAACUUAUUGGUUAAGACUACAGAUGCAUUUGUUAAAAUAAUUAGAAAUAUUAUUGUACACUGUAUUUGGUAUUUCCUUACACAGUCAGUUUACUAUCUUGCUCAAAGUUCUUAGCAGUGGUUGGGAGAGCUAGUGCAGUCAAAAUAUCUUUUCAUCCCCAGUUGUUCAAAGGAAUUUCAAAAUAACCCAGCAAGAUUGUGCUCUAGCAUAAGCAUAACAAGCGCCUAACUUUUGUACCCGGGCGACUAGAAAAUCUUACUUUUUCCCAUAGAAAUCAUAUUCUGGGCACCCUGGAUUUCACAGGUUCAGAGCAUUGGCCCUUUCAGUUUUUCUUUGAGCACAGUCUUGUCCAGGAUCUACAGUCUUUGUAUCCUCUAAAAUGAUUUGUUGAAGUGGCUGAACACAGUUUUGCGGCCGGUCAUCGAUAACUCGCUUGACGGCGCAUGUUUUAAAUAAGACAAACAAACACGGCGGCGAAAAAGCAGUGGUACACAGCAGACGAUUUCUCAAAAUCUACUCAUUAAAAUUUUGUGAUAUUUGGCUGAAUUUUUGGUUUUAUCGUAUUUUAGAUAAUAAGAACUUUAAAGUUUCAAAGGGUAAUUAUUAAUUGUAGUAAGCUGUGUGCAAGUUUAUGGGAAAAUCUAAUGAGUGAAUUUUAUGUGUUGUGUUCAAUCGUUCAUGUUGCAAUGGAAACUGCGAAGACACCCAAUUUUGCCGGUCAAUCAAAUCUGUCAUCAGUAUAUUUUUCACUUGCCGAGUUUCAGCUUGUGAGCUGCAACCUUCCUCGUGCCAUGAUUUGGCAAAUUACAUACCGUAAAAUUCCGAAAAUAAGCCCCGGGACUUAAAUUAUUAAAGGGCCCUUUUUGAGGGGCUUAUAUCUACGGAGGGAUAUUUGCGUUUCAAACUCGAUUGGGCUAGCCUCAUAGUUGGAAGUAAAUUUACCGUUUUUGCUUUGUUUUGCUUUGUAUUUGAGGGCAAUUUUCCAAGUACAUCCCCUCGGGGGGCUAAUAUUUGGAGGGGCGAUUUAACGGAGGGUUUUUGCGUUACCGGUUUGGGGGGCUUAUACAUGGAGGGGCAUAUUUUCGGAAUUUUACGGUAUACUCACAAACUGCCAAAACUGGGUUCAGCCACCUUAAAAGUAACAGAGAAAAAUUAAUUCCUUUGAAGAAAAGAUACUUAAAAACCCUGACAACUGGGCCCAGAUGGAUGAGGAGGAAUAAGUGAAAUAUUUGAAUUAGGAAAUUGUCUUCACUGUAGUCAUUGUACUCGUAUGUGAAGGUCUCUUUCUUUGAUUCCAACAAAACUACACUCAGUUCUCAUAUAUAAUAUAGGGACCUUAAAAAGAUUUGACGACAGCGACACCUAAGAGAAUGUCGAAAAUUCAGUACGUUCAAUGAGCAAAACAACAACUUUACACUUACGUAUAUCACGCUUUUUUGUACAUUUCUUUGUCGUCACUUUACGACUACUACGUAAAAAUGCCUGUUUUCACGUUUUAUGGAAGACGUGAACAGGCGACGACGAAAUUAUCUCCCUCUUGGUAAACUUGGAUAUUGUUCUUAGCAAUUCAGCUCCAGGAGAGUUUGCCCACAUUUGACAAAGUAGGUGAGUUGGAAAAAUUACGAUGAAGAUUGAAAGAAAGCGAUGUCAUAUUUUAAGCGACGCAUCCGCCGCCGUUGUCGUCUUCGGAUCUUAAGGUCUCUAACGCUAUUUGUAAAAAACCUGUUACUAUAUACUGUAGUGCAUAAUACAUAUAUACAUGUAACCACUUUUUGGAACUGUUUAUUCUUAGGUUUAAAAAUUUACAACUAAUAGAAUUGAUAUAAGGUUUUUUCAUGCUCCUUAAUUGUUUUACUCUGUUAGAAAUAGCUUUGAAAGAGAACUGAAACGAAAUUACUGACGAUUUUGUAACCAAGUCACCCAGGCUUACAUCAAUUAUUGACAGUCACUUUGAAGUUUUCAUUCUUCUAUUUUUUAUGCCUUUGUGAUCAAAAUUAUAAAGAUACUACUAUAGCUAAGGCAUUCAUAAUAUUAUAAAAGUCAGACAAUGCUGAAGGGUAACAAAUUUAUGCUCAUUUAUGUGACAAACACCAACUCGAUGUACAUGCUACAUAUGCUCAUUAAUAAAAGGUGCAUGUAAGUCCAGUCUGUGACCUAAUUAAAACAAGCUAC